AUGGUUUGGCCUGUAUCCCGUGGAGCUGCUGUGAAGACUGGUGUGAUGAAUGAACUGAGCCUGGCAACCCUGGCUCGUUUUAUAUCAAUGUGUGGCAAGAUGCCGAGUACCCAGGUCUCACGGGGUUUUCUCUUACUGGAAGUUACUGCAUGGCCCGAGAAACUGGAGAAUACUGUCAUCGGACCGAUUUUGGAGACCCGAAUGGAGCCCUCCGAGGCCCCGAUGCCGAGAUCCGACGGUUGCGCAUAUGGCCGAGACACAGUGGCGUAA